AUGACCGCCGCCGUAUAAAUUUUUUCUUCUUUUAUCAGUGGUACAAAGAGCGAAAGAAAAAAAAAUUUCGAUCGUCUGCUCUUCUCUCCCACAAUUUGAGAAAAACACAACAACAAGGAGCUUUCUUCUUUAAUAGGGCGCUUAAGUUAAACUUGGUUGCUAUGUUGUUAAGACGCUCAGGUUUGAAUGCUACGAAGAGGGCAAUUGCCUCUGCGCCAAGAUUGCGCUCUGCCGCCGCCGCUGUCAGCGGAGCCGCCGCCAGAGUGUCAGUGGUGAACAGCAACAACAAUGGAAGAAGCAGAACUUCCAGAAGAGGAUUGACCACCACGGCGGCAUUGAGAGCCGACACUGCACAGCAGGCCGCUACGUAUGCUGGAGCCGGUAUUCUUUCUGGCUUCAGUGAUGAGAAUGCACAUCAACUCGUUGAUGUGUCCAAGGUGCUCAUCAUUGGAUCUGGUGGUUUGUCCAUUGGCCAGGCUGGUGAAUUCGAUUACUCCGGUUCCCAGGCCAUCAAGGCAUUGAAGGAGGCGGACAAGAAGACAAUUCUUAUCAACCCGAACAUUGCCACCAAUCAGACGUCUCAUGCGCUUGCUGAUGAAAUCUACUACUUGCCAGUUACCGCUGAGUACAUUACUUACAUCAUUGAGAGGGAAAAACCAGAUGGUAUCCUGUUGACCUUUGGUGGUCAAACAGGUUUGAACGUUGGUGUCCAGUUGGACAAGAUGGGUAUCUUUGACAGAUACAACAUCAAGGUUUUGGGUACCCCAAUCAAGACUUUGGAGACAUCUGAAGAUCGUGACUUGUUUGCCCAGGCUUUGAACGAGAUUAACAUCCCAAUCGCCGAGUCCAUUGCCGUUGACACUGUUGAUGAUGCAUUGAAGGCUGCCGAAAACGUUGGUUACCCAAUCAUUGUUAGAUCUGCGUAUGCAUUGGGUGGUUUGGGAUCUGGUUUCGCAAACAACGCCGACGAGUUGAGAAACUUGGCCUCCCAAUCUUUAUCCCUUGCUCCACAGAUCCUGGUUGAGAAGUCUUUGAAAGGCUGGAAGGAGGUUGAAUACGAGGUUGUUAGAGAUCGUGUCGGAAACUGUAUCACUGUGUGUAACAUGGAGAACUUCGACCCAUUGGGUAUCCACACUGGUGAUUCUAUCGUUGUUGCUCCUUCUCAAACUUUGUCCGACGAGGAGUACCACAUGUUGAGAUCUGCGGCUAUUAAGAUCAUUAGACACUUGGGUGUUGUCGGUGAAUGUAACGUCCAAUAUGCUUUGCAACCAGAUGGAUUAGAUUACCGUGUCAUUGAAGUCAACGCCAGAUUAUCCAGAUCUUCUGCUUUGGCAUCCAAGGCGACUGGUUACCCAUUGGCUUACACUGCUGCCAAGAUUGCUCUUGGUUACACUUUGCCAGAGUUGCCAAACCCAGUGACGAAAACUACAUCUGCUAACUUUGAACCUUCAUUGGAUUACAUGGUUACCAAGAUCCCAAGAUGGGAUUUGUCUAAAUUCCAACACGUUAAGAGAGAUAUUGGUUCCUCUAUGAAAUCUGUUGGUGAGGUUAUGGCCAUCGGUCGUAACUUUGAGGAGUCCUUCCAAAAGGCCAUCCGUCAAAUUGACUCUUCUUUCAUCGGUUUCCAAGGUGCUGAGUUUGAAAACUUGGAUGAGGCACUUGCUGAGCCAACUGACCGUCGUUGGUUGGCUGUUGGACAAGCUUUGUUGCAUGAGAACUACACUGUUGACAGAGUCCAUGAAUUGACCAAGAUCGACAAAUGGUUCUUGUACAAGUUGCAAAACAUUGUUGACAUGCAAAAAGAAUUGGAGGGUAUUGGUUCUUUGUUUGGUUUGAACAGAGACGUCAUCUCUAGAGCUAAGAAGUUGGGUUUCUCUGAUAAGCAGAUCGCUUUGGCUGUUGGCUCUACCGAGUUGGAAGUUAGAGCUAGAAGAAAAAACUUUGGUAUUUUGCCAUUUGUUAAGAAAAUUGAUACUUUGGCUGCUGAGUUCCCUGCCUCCACCAACUAUCUUUACACUACAUACAAUGCUACUGAGCACGAUGUCAAGUUUGAUGAGUUUGGUACUUUGGUUUUGGGUUCCGGUGUCUACCGUAUCGGUUCCUCUGUGGAAUUUGACUGGUGUGCUGUUUCCACUGCCAGAGCUUUGAGAGAGAAUGGCAAGAAGACCAUCAUGAUCAACUAUAACCCAGAAACCGUCUCUACCGAUUUCGACGAAGUUGACAGAUUGUACUUUGAAGAACUUUCCUUUGAAAGAGUUUUAGAUAUAUAUGAAUUGGAGAACUCCAAGGGUGUUGUUGUUUCUGUUGGUGGUCAACUGCCACAGAACAUUGCUCUUUCCCUUCAAGAGAAUGGUGCUAAGAUUUUGGGUACAGACCCAAGAGACAUUGACAAGGCUGAAGACCGUCACAAAUUCUCUUCUAUCUUGGAUUCUAUUGGAAUUGAUCAACCAGCAUGGAAAGAAUUGAGUUCUGUUCAAGCUGCAGAGGAAUUCGCCGCUAAGGUUGGUUUCCCAGUUUUGGUUCGUCCAUCGUAUGUGUUGUCCGGUGCUGCCAUGUCUGUCAUUAGAGAUGCUUCUCAAUUGGAGGACAAGUUGGGUAAUGCUGCCAAGGUUUCUCCAGACCACCCUGUUGUUAUUUCCAAGUUCAUUGAAGGUGCCCAAGAGAUUGAUAUUGAUGCUGUUGCUUCUAAGGGUGAAGUUCUUGUCCACGCUGUCUCUGAGCACGUUGAGAAUGCUGGUAUUCACUCCGGUGAUGCAACAUUAGUGUUGCCUCCACAGAACUUGUCUCCAGCUGUUAUGGCCAGAUUGAAAGACAUUACUGAUAAGGUUGCUAAGGCUUGGAACAUUACUGGUCCGUUCAACAUGCAGAUCAUCAAGCAUGAUGUUGAGUCUAACCCUGACCACCCAGAGUUGAAGGUUAUUGAAUGUAACAUUAGAGCUUCCAGAUCUUUCCCAUUCGUCUCCAAGGUCUUGGGUACAAACUUCAUCAACGUUGCUGUCAAGGCACUUUUGGGUAAGGAGGUUGCUCCACAAGAUUUGAUGUCUGUUAAGCGUGACUAUGUUGCCACCAAGGUUCCACAAUUCUCCUUCACUCGUUUGGCCGGUGCCGACCCAUUCUUGGGUGUUGAUAUGGCCUCCACCGGUGAAAUUGCAGCAUUUGGUAAGGAUACCAUUGAGGCAUACUGGACUGCUUUGCAAGCCGUCAUGAACUUCAAGUUGCCACUUCCACCAUCCGGUCUGUUAUUCGGUGGUGAUUUGACCAAAGAGUUUUUGGGUGAUGUUGCUAAGACCAUUGCCCCAUUAGGUUACAAGUACUACACUGCCUCCGCAGAGGUUGCCCAGUACUUGAAAGAACGUUUACCAGAGGGUUACGAGGUUGAAGUUAUCGAAUUCCCAAAGACGGACAAGCGUGCCUUGCGUGAAGUGUUCCAAAAGUACGACAUCAAGGGUGUCUUCAACUUGGCUCGUGCUAGAGCUGAGGACUUGCUGGAUGAGGACUACAUCAUGCGUCGUAACGCUAUUGACUUUGGUAUUCCACUGUUCAACGAGCCACAAACUUCUCUGUUGUUUGCUACUGCUUUGAAGGAGAAGCUUCACACCAAACUCGACCAACUCGAAGAGGAUAAAGUUGUGAUUCCAGCUGAGGUUCGUCGCUGGAGUGACUUCAUCGGUGGUAAGCAAGUUUAAUUCAACAGAUUUGUUUGUAAAUAUCAUAUAUAAAAAACCACGGAAUAUUAAUUAGUCUAGAACGAA